GGAUCAGGUACCGGAAGUGACUCCAAGCAGCAGCUUCCACUCCGGGACUGCGCAAAUCGUAGCUCCCCUAUCCUGGGUCAGUAAACCCCGGGGAUUCAGAAGACUAAGGAGGCCGCGCACCAGCGCCAGACGAUGGGGAAGUUCGUGGUGGUGGGCGGCGGUAUCGCGGGCGUCACGUGUGCGGAGGAGUUGGCUGUUAGCUUUCCAUCAGAAGAGAUUCUCCUGAUCACAGCUUCUCCUGUUAUUAAAGCAGUUACCAACUUUAAGCAGGUUUCUAAAAUAUUGGAAGAAUUUGAUGUUGAAGAACAACCAAGCACCAUGUUAGAAAGUCGCUUUCCUAACAUUAAGGUCAUAGAAUCUGGAUUAAAGCAACUGAAGAGUAAAGAACACUGCAUUGUCACCGAAGAUGGCAAUCAGCAUGUAUAUGAAAAACUCUGCCUGUGUGCCGGAGCCAAGCCAAAGCUGAUAUGUGAAGGGAACCCUUAUGUGCUAGGAAUCCGUGACACAGACAGUGCGCAGGAAUUUCAGAAACAGCUUACUAAAGCUAAAAGAAUAAUGAUCAUAGGGAAUGGUGGCAUUGCACUUGAGUUAGUGUAUGAAAUUGAAGGCUGUGAAGUCAUUUGGGCCAUUAAAGAUAAAGCUAUUGGGAAUACUUUCUUCGAUGCAGGAGCAGCUGAAUUUUUGACUUCCAAGCUUGUCUCUGAAAAACCAGAGGCUAAAAUUCCACAUAAAAGGACUAAAUAUACGACUGAAGGAAUGAAAAAGGAAGCAAGAAGCAAAGCUAAAGCUGAUAAUGUAGGGAGUGCCCUAGGACCGGACUGGCACGAAGGCUUGGAUCUUCAAGGAACAGAAGAGUUUUCUCAUAAAGUUCACAUUGAACCUAUGUGUGAAGUGAAGAAAAUCUAUCUCCAGGAAGAAUUUAGACUUCUGAAGAAAAAUUCCUUGACUUUUCCAACAAACCAUAAUAAGUCAGUUACAACAGAUAAUGAGACAUGGCCUGUGUACGUGGAAUUGACCAAUGAAAAGCUGUAUGGCUGUGAUUUCAUUGUCAGUGCUACAGGAGUUACACCAAAUACAGAACUUUUCCUCCAUGGUAACAAUUUUGAUGUAGGAGAAGACGGCGGCCUGAAAGUAGAUGACCACAUGCACACAUCACUUCCGGAUAUCUACGCUGCAGGUGACAUCUGCACGGCAGCCUGGCAGCCCAGCUCAGUCUGGCAGCAGAUGAGGCUGUGGACACAGGCUAGACAGAUGGGCUGGUACGCUGCUAAGUGCAUGACUGCAGCUCGCCUGGGGAACUGCAUUGACAUGGAUUUCAGCUUUGAGCUGUUUGCUCAUGUAACCAAGUUUUUCAACUUUAAGGUUGUAUUGCUGGGGAAAUAUAAUGCACAGGGCUUGGGUUCAGAUCAUGAAUUAAUGCUGAGAUGCACCAAAGGACAAGAGUAUGUCAAAGUUGUCAUGCAGAACGGACGUAUGAUGGGAGCUGUUUUAAUUGGUGAAACGGAUUUAGAGGAGACAUUUGAAAACUUAAUUUUAAACCAAAUGGAUCUUUCACCAUAUGGAGAAGAACUGCUAGAUCCAAAUAUUGAUAUAGAAGAUUAUUUUGACUAAAAUGGGAUUUCUUCAAGAUUCACAUAAGUUUUAACUAAGGAAAACUAGACUCCGUGAAAUGAAUGGCUGAACUGAUUUAAUGAUGAAUGGAACUUAAAAACACAGGAAGUAUCACCUGACAUCAUACUGGGGCCUUGGGUUCUAUCCCCAGCACCGAAGUGGGGUAAAAAUGCAGAAAACUAUUAAAGAGACAAAAUUCUAAACAUGAA